AUGCACGGCAGACGCCGCGCAGACCUGCUCCCGCUGUCUGCUGCCAAGCAGCAGCAGCAAAGGCAAAAGAUCCGCCAGGGCUUUGCGCUGCUGCAGCAGCUGCUCAGCCAGCGCGCUUCAGGUGUACGUACACCUCAGGUCCUGCAGGCCACCCGAAAGCUCAUCGAGUUCCACCCGGAACUCGCCACCAUUUGGAGCUACAGGCGCGAGGCCCUCAGCCACAUUCUGCAGCAAACCACGCAGCCCAGCAGCAGCAGCAGCAGCAGCGGCAGCAGCAGCAGCAGCGGGAAGGAUGGCUGUGACGGAGGCAGCGACGGGGCCAGCACCCCCACGACCAGCAGCAGCAACAGCGGCGCGGCGACCGCCGCGACUGCCGACAGCAGCAGCAGCAGCAGCAGCAGCGCGUGCAGCAUCUGCAGCGCUGCUGCUGCUGCAUGCGCGGCGCUGCAGCAGGAGCUGCUGCUGACUUCGGAUUUGCUGCGCAAAGGCACCACCAAGGCCUAUUGCCUUUGGCUGCACCGCAGCUGGGUCUUGGCCAAGCUGCUCGAGUGCCAGCUGGCGAAGGAUGCGCAGCACCAGCAGCAGCAGCAGCAGCAGCAGCUGCUGCUGCAGGAGCAGCGGCAAGAGCAGCAGCAGCAGCUGCAGGAGCAGCGGCAAGAGCAGCAGCAGCAGCAGCAAGUGCAGGAGCAGCAGCAGCAGCAGCAGCAGCAAGGGGGUGGCGGCUGCAGCUCGGAGUGCGGCGCUGCUGCUGCAGCAGAGCUGCUGCAGCAGGAAGUAAAUGCAUGCGAGAAGCUGCUGAGCGAAGGAGACAACAGAAACUUCCACUGCUGGCAGCACAGGGCCAUGGUCUUGGUCUGGAGACAGGCGCUGCUCAGGUACCAGCAGCAGCAGCAGCAGCAGCAGCAGCAGCAGCAGCAGCAGCAGCAGCAGCAGCAGCAGCAGCAGCAGCAGCAGGGACAGGAAGUUUGCAAGACAAGUGAGGCAGCAACUAAGGGGACUUUUGGCCUGUGGCAGGAGGAGGAGAGCAGCAAGGCGGAUAGGGACUUUUGUUUGUCUUUAAUUCAGGAUUGUACACUGACCCGAAGGACCAAAGUUUGUGGCAGUAUUAUUUUCGGCUGUUGUCUUCGAGCCGCGCGGAGUGUACAGACAGCUUGUUGUCAGUGCGCUCCUUCUCUCCAAACAAUUUUCUUCACACUUUAUUUUUCUUCUUCAAACUGCCCUGCGCAGUUGCUGCAAAACAGACGCGCGUCUUCCUGCUGCAGCAAGGCGCUGCAGAGCCGACGCCGCUGGUGGGCCAGUGGUCACCACUUUCUUCAUUUUACGGGAAGCAGCAGCUUUUCGGGCGCUGCAGUGUCUGCAGUGUGGCGGUUCACAGUAAGUUCUGGAGAGUCUGCAGCAGCAGAAAAGAAUUCUUUGUUCGAAGUUUCCAAAAUCCAGCUUCUCUUUGUCCACUUUGCUGCUGCUGCUGCUGCUGCCGGCCCCGUGGCCGACGCAGCCAAAGGCAUUCACGCCUUUCACCUCCGCAGACUUUUUGCUGCUGCUCCAAAUCUGAAAAGUCUUUUUUGCUGCUCAGCGGAGGCCCCGCAGCAGGGCUUUUCCUGGCUCUGCUACGCCCUCGCUCCCGAAGCUCCUGCUGCUGCUGCUGCUGCUGCUGCUGCAGAGGGCGCAGCAGCAGCAGGGGGCGCUGCAGCGCCAGAUGGCGCAGCAGCAGCAGACGGCGCAGCAGCAGCACCAGAGGGCGCAGCAGCAGCAGCAGAUGGCGCAGCAGCGGCAGCAGAUGGCGCAGCAGCAGCAGCAGAUGGCGCAGCAGCAGCAGCAGCUGCUGCUGCUGCAGCGGGGGAGCAGACCAGCCGCUGGGCCAUCAUCAGCAGCGCGGACUCCAGCGGCUGCUGCUGCGGAUGCAGCAGCUGGAGCGUGGCUGGGGCGCUGCAGCAGAGCGCUGCUGCAGUUGCUGCAGCAGCGGCAGGUGCAGCAGCAGUAGAGGCUGCUGCUGCUGCUGAUGGGAAGCUGCCGCGCCACAUCAGCUUCUCUUUAGCUGCUGAAGAGCUGCAGCGCAUUGAAGAGUUUCUGCUGCUGGAGCCCAACUGCAGCAACGCCUAUUUGGCCAUGUCGCGUUUGCUGCGGGCUUUGGCCCCGCACGACUUUUCGAAAAUGAGGAAAUGUUUGGAAGGCUUAAAAAGCUCUUCGGAUGUUAUUCCUGGGGUGUACAGACACGAGGCGGCUUGCUGCAGCAUACGCGAGCUGGUGCACGCGCAGCUGUCGAAAAGAAAUUCUUUUUUGAAAUUAAAAUUUGAAAACAAAAAAGAAAUCGAAAAGGUUCCUUACCCGUUGCUGCUGGAGGCUUCGGACGCGCAUGCAAUAUCGCUGGCGGGCAGCGGCGUCACCGACAGGUCGCUGCUGGACUGGCACGUGCCCUAUUUGCCCUUUCUCCGGUCUUUGAAAUUGGCCGCCACAAAUAUAACUUUGCUUUCUCUCGUUCUCCUCUCCGUCGCGCAGCUGCCGCACAUUCAGAAGGUGGAUUUGGCCUUCUCAAAAGUGACUUGUUUAGAAGAAGAUAAAAUGCUUUCCGAAGAAAGUCUGCAAAGGGCUGUCCAGCAGUCUUCUUUGGAGUGA